AUGUAUGUGGCUGGUGGCCUGACAGCUGCCUGCCAGCUGUCACACAGCAUAUGUUCAUUCCUCCUUCGAUCUUCAACCAAGCAAACGAAACUCGUCAAAAAUCACAUCCUUCUCAAUGCACACCUACUACGAUCCUUCACAUUCAACCUUCAUUUUCGACUGCCACAGGCCAAAUCAGAGAUAGCUGACAAGACGUCUUGGUGGUGCCUACCUCCUGAGAUUCAAAACGAAAUCGUUGGUCUCCUACCAAUUGCCGGCGGGAAGUGCAGUCAGCUCGCGACCGUUUCCCGAACUUGGCGAUCAAUCAUCGAGCCACUCAACUUUGCUGAGAUCAGCUUGACGGUACCGCGCCUUUCAGACCCCGACUCUCGAGCUAUCCUGUUCCGAAAGGGAGACUACAUUCGCUAUAUCUGGUUUCGAAUGGGACUGAGGAAAUAUGAGGACAAAUACAACUCCGACUUGAAUGAGCCUCGUGGUGACCUGACCCUCGAUAUCAGUGUCUACUCGCCUGAUGACAACCAGUACUUGAGCUUCUGUUCAGACACCGACCUCGAUGAGUGCCCUUCUAUCCCUGGACACAUCAAGGAAAGGACCUCCAUAGAUGACACGUAUUUCGACUGGAACCCUCCAAUGGUCUGGGAUCCCUAUGAAAUCUCCGCCAACCUUUCCGGCGUAGAGAUCAUGGGCGAGGGGCCUUUCGGCGGCGAGGAACUCGAGAUGCAGUGGUGGCGCAAUCUCCCCUUGGUACUUGUCGUUGGGGUCUUGCUCCUUCGCCAGCAGACUCGUCGACGAUGGAAGCCAGUUGCGUUCGCCAACAUGCUCACGCGGUUCCCGAACAUGAAAGAACUUUGUUACGAACCUUGGCUAAGAUCGCUUUGGCAUGGGACUCAAGACUAUGAAGGCAAAACUUCAACGAGACUUGGCGGAUAUCCUACUCGCAGAGUACCGAAUCCGGCCAUCAGUCGGAGUCUUGCUCGCGCCAACCUGUGCCUCACGAUGCUGUCCGACUCUUUCAUGGCCGACGCCGGUCACUUCUUCGCAGCGCGUCAAUUUUCAUGGACUUGGGAUAAGCUCACUUCACUGACGCUGACUUCGGAGACGCUCACUAACGGCUUGGGUAUCAACAAAAUGCUUCGAGACGCCGCAGCUGCAGCGCUCAAAAUGCCGAAACUUAACACAAUGGAGUUAUGGAACGGCAGAUGCGGUGUGGCAAUACUCUUUCGCUACCAGAAGGCUCAAAAUGGGCAGCCAGCCAUCAUCACCGUACGGGGGACAUCGGGGCUUGAUAUAGAGGCUACGGUCAUGUAA